CCAAACUCCAAAGCAAAGCCAAGGAAAAAGAUCUGGAACAUUUUUGGCCAUUGUGAUGGCAUGCAUGCACAUAUACUGUUAGAAGCCUGGUUGCAGAGAGGCUAAAUAUGGAGGUUAUUUCUCUUUCAAUAACCUGUAUCAAACACGAGUCCAGCAAUACCAGUGAUGAUACUAAGUACUUCACCACCCAGAAAAAUACUAGUAAAACACAAACAUCUCCAGUAUCUAUACAGACAAAUGUUUCACAACCCUCAAAUAUGGAAUCUUCAAUGAAGAAGGAAGAAAAUGUAGGUCAUGUGACUUCAUCACCAUCUCUGGGCGAUGGACUGGUUGCUCUCAAGCACACAGCUCAAGAAGAGAAGAACAAGAAUGAAAAAUGUCAUAUGGAUCGUAUUCUACCAGGAAUGUCAGAUGAAAAGGCAAAUAAGUCUGAAAAUACUAUAAACAAUGCUGAAAAUGGUGAAUGUUCUGAAAGAAGCCUUGAUUUCUACAAUCAGAAAGAAUCAAAGAAAAAUACUGAUGCUGUUCCAGAGACAGAUGCAGAAGAAAAAGAUGUUAAAGAAGCUUUUACCAUAAUAAAGUGGGAGGCCCCAUUGCAUGAUAAAACAGAGAAAUGUUUUUGUGAUACAUGUAAUUUAAAUAGACAAGCAACAGAAAUGGAUAAUACAAAUUCAUUGAUAUCUUCUCCAUUGCUUAGUGAUGGAAUGGUAACUUUAAAGCACGGAAAAGGAGGAGGGGAGAGAAGCAUGGAAAAAUAUCUUGGUCAUAUGGGUAACUCUCAACCUGGAAUGCUAGAAGAAACUGAAAUCAAGUCUGAACAAUGUAUUAAUGAUUCUAACAAUGGUGGAUCUUUUGAAAGGAACAAUGAAUUCUAUAAUCAGAAAGAGUUAAGAGAAGACAAUGAAAUAAAUUCAGAGACAACUGUAGAGAAAAAUUUGAAAGAAGGUUUUACCAAAAUAAAGUGGGAGGGCUGCAGGUUUGAUAAAACAGAAAAUGAUAAUUUGAUUCAACUAAAUACAAGAGAAGUUGAUACCAAUUCUGUGAAUGUGGACAUUGAUAAUGACUCACAUAUAACCAUUGUAAAAUAUAAUUCACUUAAAGCAAAUGAUUCACAGAUCAAAAAUAAUAGUCAGAAAAGACCUUCCACUUCUCGUAUAUUUCCAGGAAAACAACCUGUUGUGAUAUUGAAAAGAUUAAAAAUGAAGGAUGGCUCGAACAGCUGUGAUUAUUCUAAAACUACAGGAAAAGAUCCAAGUGAUGAGGUUUAUAGCAGCGAAGUAAAAAUUGAAAGGAAAGAUGAUGAACAAACAUUUAUUGAAACAUCUGAACAGGGGAUGUUCUUGAGAAAUAUUUCUGACACUGAAGGACCUGUCAAGACAAGCUCUUCUGUGAAGGAGGAAAAAAAAGAUGCAGGGACAGAUCAAUGUGAGUUUGACCUGAGUCAAGAAAUGAAAGACGAGAUCCAAAGUGCCAUUCAAACAAACAUCGAAGCGAUGGUGAUUUCUAAUCAGACAAGUAAUGGGGAGGGAUUCUCCUAUGUUUAUCCAUAUGCUUGUGGACAGUGCAAUUAUACAGCAAAAUUACAGCAUCAUCUUAAAAAUCACAUGAAGAUACAUUCAACAGACCGUCCCUUUGUGUGUGAUGUUUGUGGAAAAGGGUUCAAACAUGAUCACCACUUAAAUGGACACAAGCGAACUCACUCGGGUGAGCGUCCUUACUCCUGUGAGGAAUGCGGCCGAGAUUUCACCCAGAUAAGCAAUUUACUCCGACACCAGAAAACUCAUCAAGGACUUCCAGAAUCACCGCGCCAUAAAUGCUUGAAAUGUGACACAAGUUUCUCUACAGCGUAUUCACUUAAACGCCAUCAAGACGUACACGAAAAUUUAAAAGAGAAAGUUAAAACUAUGAAGAAUCAUAAAGGCAAGAAGAAGAAAUUGACAUAUAAUCCUCGCAUUGAUGACACGAGGCGAGAGUUCGAGUGCGAUGUUUGUGGGCGUCGGUUCCGUAGGAAGGAACAUGUGAUGCGACACAUGUUGACACACACCGGGGAGUCUGCGGUACACAUACAUGCAUGUGAAGUGUGUGACAAAAAAUGUGGUAGUAAGCGGGCUCUUGAGAAUCAUAUAAAAAUCCAUACAGGGGAUGAUAUUGACAUCGAUUCCAUGUCUUCAACAGAUGAAUCUGAUUCUGAGGAAGAAUUUGAAUCUGACUAAUAAAAUUAUAAGAUAUAUUAAUUUUUGUAUAAAAUAUUAACAAAGGAAAACAAGUAUAAAGUGAGCAUAUG